AUGGGCCACAAGUCGGACCAGCCUGAUGCUGGAUUAAAGAGUCUCAACCAUUAUUCAAACCGGUUACCCCUCUGGCGAUACUGGCCGCGACAGCAACUCAUCCCGCUGAUUCGAUAUGAGACUCCCUACCUUGCCUGGGUGCAGGAGAAAGUUCGCACCCCGACGCUGGACUCGUACUUUGCCUUUACGGCAAAUCUCGGCACGCACACAUUCUUCAUGGUCUUUCUGCCUUUCCUAUUCUGGUGUGGCUCCCCAAGUAUGGGUAGAGGACUCGUACAUAUCUUAGCAUCUGGUGUCUUCUUCAGUGGCUUCAUUAAAGAUUUGCUAUGUCUCCCUCGGCCUCUAUCGCCUCCACUCCAACGCAUCACCAUGUCCGGCUCUGCGGCCCUUGAAUACGGAUUCCCUUCGACGCAUUCUACAAACGCUGUUUCAGUGGCUGUGUACGCCUUGGGAUUGCUUGGAUCUCCGGAAUCGACUCUCAGCGCGCAAGUCACGCUCCUUCUCCAAUGUGUUACCUAUAUGUACGUGGUGUCUAUUGUUCUGGGCCGUCUAUAUUGUGGAAUGCAUGGGAUGCUGGACUGUACUGUUGGGUGCGCUUUGGGUGCGGGUAUUGGUCUCAUCCAAUUCCACUACGGCCCGGCCUUUGAAGAGUUUAUUGUGUCUGCUUCGCUGAAGGACAUCUCCUUGCUUGCGAUUUUGAUCAUAUCUCUGGUCCGUGUCCAUCCUGAACCGGCCGAUGAUUGUCCCUGCUUUGACGACAGUGUUGCAUUUGCGGGAGUAAUGCUCGGUGUGGACGUAUCCUCGUGGCAUUUUGCCGAUAUUUGGGAUGGUUAUCCUGCUGGAUCAAUUCCGUAUGAUCUUCAGACUGUGGGAUGGAUCAAUACUGUAAUUCGUCUGGUUUUGGGUGUGCUGUGUAUCUUUUCCUGGAGGACUGUGAUGAAGCCCGCUCUGCUUCGCAUUCUACCGCCUAUCUUCCGGACUCUGGAGAAGCUUGGACUUCUUCUCCCUCGACGGUUCUUCACCACUGCUUCCAAAUACACCACUGUUCCGUCAAACCUAAAGGACCGCGAUGUGCUCCCCAAUUUCUCCGACAUUCCAUCCAUCAUCACUAACAUGCGCCAUCCCCGCCGCAGAGCCAUUUCUGUCGGUCCUCAGUCUGAAGCUGAUGCGUACGAGACCCUGGCAUACAGGGAAAAACGUCGACGUGAGAGCCAAUCUGGUGGAAACCGUGCCUCUCCGGUUCCGGAGGGUGAGACCAGACUGAACGGCACACCCCUGUCAAGAAAGGCGACAACCUUGGGUGAAUACGAAGGCAUGAUGGGAAGGGGCAGCCCUCAUUCCUCUGCCGUUGACGUCAGUCCCGAAACAACACCUUUCCCCACAGCAGACUUCUCUAUCGAGACUGAACUCGAGGCCGAACAACGGGAUGAGGAGGAGGUUUUCUCCCAAAUUAAGAAACCCCGUGUCCGUUACGAUGUGGAGGUUGUCACCAAGCUGGUUGUAUAUGCAGGAAUCCCUUGGGUUGUUAUCGAGGUCGCACCCUUACUAUUUGACCUAAUUGGACUGGGAGUCCCGCAUGUU